GUGAACUGCGAUGGAGGCCGAUGUUUCGAAAGAGCUUGCAUGCCCAUCGAACGACACAUGAGGGCAGCAUUCAACAACAUAAACACGCGACUGUACGGCGCUGUCUUCCGAGUGGCCGAAACUGUACCUGUUGUUACCUUUGCCACUUUCUUAUUACUGUGUGUUUUUGGUCCAACAUAAUAAUACCAAAAUGGAUGAGAAGCAGGGACCAACUUUUGAUGAUGUCCCAACUGGGGAGGUAACGUCAACCACAGUUACAGAGGGUGAUGUUUUCAAGAUGCCAACAGAUGUGGCCAUCACUAUGGAUGCUAUUCCCAAUGAAGAUGAGGAGGACAAAUCCAAAGGUCUUGACCCACAAGAUAACCAUUCCACCAGCACCUCUGACGUACCAGUGACUGGGGCUGCCAUGACGGAUCCUUAUCACUAUCUGACGCAACAGCACUUCACCUUAGAGAUCUUCAAGAUUGAGAUCCAAAACCUCCCAAGAUAUUUUGGAUUUGCGGUUAAACAACAUGGUGACUCCACUGUGGAACCAGCCGUAUGAGGACCAGCUAUCCACCAAAUAGACCAACACCAGGGAGUUUCUGAGGAAUUUAUCCAAGAUGCUGCAACGGAACAUUGGGGAGAUGUCUCCGUGGCUGAAGCAACAAAGGAAGAACCACAGUGGGAUGGCAUGUGAGUUGGAGCCAAUUAAGCCAUCGAUAACACUGUUGGUUUCCGGCUUGGCGCUUACAAAAGCAAGUAUUUUCACAGAGGUUUCCAUUUUGCAAAAGCCGUAGAUAAGCGUUCAUGUUUGAUUGGAUCAGCUGUGGAGGGGCGUGGCCCAUUAGUAGCCAAUGCUGAUCAAUUCCAACCAAUCAGAAUGCAACACACAGAAAGAUUGACAGGUG